UUACGUCACGCUUCCUUUCCGCCAUCUUUUUACCUGCCGGCUACUCCGUGUGAAGAGCACGUUGGCUGAUGCGCGGGGGGUUUUAACCACAUAUUUCCGCCUCAUCAAGCCUCCAUAGUCUCCGCGGACACCGGGCUCGUCUUAGAAGAACAGCGGCGGCAAGAUGGCCGACAAGAACACGCGUAUCGCUAUCGUCAACCACGACAAGUGCAAGCCGAAGAAAUGCAGGCAGGAGUGUAAGAAGAGCUGUCCUGUGGUGCGCAUGGGGAAGCUGUGUAUCGAAGUGACGCCUCAGUGUAAGAUCGUGUGGAUCUCCGAGUCGUUGUGUAUAGGCUGCGGCAUCUGCAUCAAGAAAUGUCCGUUUGGUGCUCUGUCUAUCGUAAACCUGCCGAGUAACCUGGAGAAGGAGACCACACACAGAUACUGUGCCAACUCCUUCAAGUUGCACAGAGUUGCCAUUCCACGUCCUGGAGAGGUGUUGGGGCUGGUGGGCACUAACGGGAUCGGGAAAUCCACGGCUCUUAAAAUCCUGGCAGGAAAACAGAAACCCAACCUGGGCAAAUACGAUGCUCCCCCGGACUGGCAGGAGAUCCUGGCUUAUUUCCGAGGCUCUGAGCUGCAGAACUAUUUCACCAAGAUCCUGGAGGACGACCUCAAGGCCAUCGUAAAGCCGCAAUACGUCGACCAGAUCCCUAAAACCGUCAAGGGGUCAGUAGGUUCCAUUUUGAGCAGGAAAGAUGACACUAAGACCGAGCAGAUCGUGUGUGGGCAGCUAGAUCUGCUGCACCUGCGGGAUCGCAACGUCGAGGACCUGUCUGGAGGAGAGCUGCAGAGAUUCGCAUGCGCUGUCGUCUGCAUCCAGAGAGCAGACAUUUUCAUGUUUGAUGAACCAUCCAGUUAUCUUGAUGUGAAGCAGAGGCUGAGAGCUGCCAUCACCAUCCGAUCUCUCAUCUCACCUGACAGGUACAUCAUCGUAGUGGAGCACGAUCUGAGUGUGCUGGAUUACUUGUCUGAUUUUAUCUGCUGCCUGUACGGCGUACCGAGUGCCUACGGCGUCGUCACCAUGCCCUUCAGUGUCCGAGAAGGUAUUAACAUCUUCCUGGACGGCUACGUGCCGACGGAGAACCUGCGUUUUCGCGAGACCUCGCUGGUGUUCAAAGUAGCCGAGACGGCAGCCGAGGAGGAGGUGAAGAAGAUGUGCCGCUAUCAGUACCCCAACAUGUGCAAGAGCAUGGGGGACUUCACGCUCACCAUCACAGAGGGAGAGUUCACCGACUCUGAGAUCAUGGUGAUGCUCGGGGAGAACGGGACUGGAAAAACAACAUUCAUCAGACUGCUGGCUGGAGGCCUGAAACCUGACGGAGGAGGUGACGUGCCGAUUCUGAACGUGAGCUACAAGCCUCAGAAGAUCAGCCCCAAGUUUAAAGGCAGCGUUCGUGCCUUGCUCCACGAUAAGAUCCGAGAUGCCUACACACACCCCCAGUUCGUCACCGACGUCAUGAAGCCCAUGCAGAUAGAGAGCAUCAUCGACCAGGACGUUCAGAAUCUGUCUGGGGGUGAGUUGCAGCGUGUGGCGUUGGCUCUGUGUUUGGGUAAACCAGCCGACGUUUAUCUGAUCGAUGAACCGUCAGCGUACCUGGACUCCGAGCAGCGUCUCAUGGCCGCCCGAGUCAUCAAGCGAUUCAUCCUGCACGCCAAGAAAACCGCGUUCGUGGUGGAGCACGACUUCAUCAUGGCCACGUAUCUGGCGGACCGAGUCAUCGUGUUCGACGGCAUUCCUUCCAGAAACACCUGCGCCAACACGCCACAGAAUCUGCUGGCUGGUAUGAAUAAGUUCCUGGCACAACUGGAGAUCACCUUCAGAAGAGACCCAAACAACUUCAGACCAAGAAUCAACAAACUCCACUCCAUCAAGGACGUGGAUCAGAAGAAAACCGGCAACUACUUUUUCCUGGAUGACUGAAGUGUCCAUUCCUCAAAUAACUAAACCCAAAAAAAAUCCCCCAAACUCGGUCUUCUUCCAUUAGGCCACGCCUUCUCCAGACGUGUGACAUCAUCCUGGAAGAAACACCGCUUACUUUUCAACACCAACGCCACCAUUUAGUCCAGCAGGUUCAAUAAACGACAGUUUAUUCAUCCUCCUCUCCCUUCGUUUCAUCAUCCUCUUCACAGGCCGGAUCGCUGAGCGGCGAACAGGAAAUGAACCCGGCGGCCAUCAUGUAUUUCACGUGUCCGGUCCGUGUAGAGGAGGGAGAUGAAGUGGAGGCGAGAGGACACUAUUAAAAUAAAAAAAUAUAAAGUGUAAA